AUGAUGAUCGUAAUUCAUCAUAAUGAUGAUGAUGAUGAUGAUGAUGAUGAUGAUGAUGAUGGUCAUGACCAAGAUGAUGAUCAUACUAAUGAUAAUGAUCAUACUAAUGAUAAUGAUCAUACUAAUGAUAAUGAUCAUGAUGAUGAUAAUCGUUCUCAAAGUGAUAAUUAUCUAGACAAUUAUAAGGAUGAUCGUACUAAUUGUGAUUAUAAUGAUGAUGAUCAUAAUGAUGCUGAUUAUAAGGAUGAUCAUACUAAUUGUGAUUAUAAUGCUGAUGAUCAUAAAUAUGAUGAUUAUGAUGUGGAUGAUGAUUAUGUUUAUGUUGAUAAUGAUCAUAAUGAAAAUGAUCUUAAUGAUGAUGAUUAUGUUCCGGGUGAUAAUUGUCAUGAUGAUGCUCAUAAUGCUAAUGGUUAUAAUGAUUAUGAUCAUAAUGUUGAUCAUAAUGAUAAUGAUCAUAAUGAUGAUCAUGAUGAUUAUGGUCAAGGUUAUGAUUAUCAUGAUGAUGAUCAUGAUGAUGAAGAUCAUAAUCAAGAUGAUGGUGAACAUAAUGAUUAUGAUAAUGAUGAUGAUCAUCAAAAUGAUAAUGAACAUGAUUAUAAUGAAAAAAAUAAUGCAAAGAACUCAAGAUUCACACGUAAAAAAGAUUUGAUGGCCCUGAAAAGGGCCGAUUGUUUUAGAGGAUGUUGGUAG